AUGGCUAGUGCGACCUCUGCUCAGACUCAGCAUCCCCUAGCGACUCCAAUAUACAUACUUCGAGGACACGCGGCACCGAUUCAUGCUCUUCAUGUCUUCGCACAAAAUCUUCGACUCUUAUCAGCGGACGCAGAUGGUUGGGUGGUCAUCUGGGACCUCGUAGCCAAACGCCCAGUGACAACGUGGAAAGCACAUGCGGGAGCUGUUCUCGAAGUGAAAGCUCUCAGUGUUGAGCCAGGACUGACGGAAAUCUAUACAACCUUCCGCGGGAAAAAAAACAGACAUGGUCGAGAUCAUAGACUCUGUGUGUGGAAGCUCCGCGCUGAAGACGAGGGAUUUCUUGACAAGACCCUCCCUGUCGAUGUCACUACGACAAAUACUGAGCAGAAAGGAACACAGCCAUGGCUGCUUCACUCCCUACCUGUGAAUGCGCUAAACUUUUGCGCUUUUUCCAUGACGACUUUCGGUACGACUUCACAGUCACAGGGACAGGGUCAAUCCGAAGAUGCGAAAGCGACAGCCACGCAUCGACACGUUCUUUUUGCUGUGCCUAAUGCAUUGGACUCGGGAGGCAUUGAUAUCUUCCAUUUGCCCUCCGAGCGUCGCCUGACGACUAUCAAAUCGGACCCCUCUGUGAAAACCGGUAUGCUCAUGGCCGUGAAUCUCUUCAUUUCUCUUACAGGCGACGUCUACGUCGCGUCAGCUUUUGAAGAUGGCCAUAUCAUGGUCUUUUUGCGCAAGGGGAUAUUGAGCCUAUCGGAUAUUGAGACUGGGACGACGCACCCAGCAUCCUGGGAAUGGAAUAAGAUCUAUGCGAGCCGGCCUCAUACUCAACCCGUCUUAUCACUUGACGUGGCUCCAUCGCACGACUACUUCAUUUCGUCCUCUGCGGAUGCCUUGCUCAUUAAGCACCCAAUACCCGGCGCUGGUCUUACGGGAGCUCGUCCGGCCAAGCAUUUCGUGGAAGACCAGGCGCUGAAAGUGGUCAAUACAAAACAUUCUGGUCAGCAGGGGCUUCGCAUUCGUGACGACGCCAAGGUUUUUGCAACUGCUGGCUGGGACAGCAGGGUGAGGGUGUACUCUUGCAAGACAAUGAAGGAGCUGGCUGUGCUCAAAUGGCACAAGGACGGAUGCUAUACCGUGGCUUUUGGAGAGAUCAACGGGAUGGCCGAGGCGGCGCCUCCAGGGGAGCACCACACGGUCGAGGGUGGCGUGCAGACAAGGUCACUUGCGGCGGUGCAUCAGCAGCGUUCACACAAGACACAACAUACGCACUGGCUGGUCGCUGGGUCCAAGGAUGGCAAGAUUUCAUUAUGGGAUAUCUACUGA